AUGUCCUCCAACACACUGCACAACUCGCUGCUGCGGCCGGCGAUCCUCCACAUCCUCCGCGCUGCUGGUUUCCACGCCGCGAAGCCCUCCGUCCUCGAUACUCUCACCGAUAUCACAACACGAUAUAUCCUCCUCCUCGCGUCCAGAACCGCCGAGAAUGCCGUCGCCAACCACAACACCCCGGAGCCUGAUAUCACGGAUGUGCGUAUGGCCCUCCAAGAUUGCGGUCUACUGGUGCCGUCCUUGACUCCGGGAGAAGAGGCGUGGAAGGAGAUGCUGCGCAAGCCCUUAGCAGAAUACCCAGAGAGGAACGGGCUUCGGGAGAAGGAGCGGAUCAAGCGCGAUGAGGAAGACACUCAGGAUGUCAAGGCGUUCCUGGACUGGAUCGAGGGCGAGCAGAACCGGGAAAUUCAGAGGAUUGCGGGACUGGGCGCGCCGCCUCCUGCUGCUAUAACGACAACUGCGGACCUGGAUUCUAAGGAGAUGGAGGAUUAUCUGACAUCACUCAUGAAGAAGCACAGCAAGACCGGCGUGGAAUCGCGCUACCAAGGAACUGUCCUCGGCCAGCCGUCGGAACUAAAGCCAGUCAAGAUCGAGGGAGGCCCUGUCGAGAGCAUUGAGGAGUGGAGGCUGCGUACGCAGCAGCGAGCCGCAAAACCGGACUUAAGUAACGAUAUGAAGGGCAAAGCAGUCGAUUCUGUCGAGACAAACGGACAUCUAAUGGAGGAAUGA